AUGAACCCAGAUCCUAACGAACAUGGGUACUCGCAGCCACCUCCAUAUUCAUCCUACCAUGAACAAACCCACUUGAAUAUGCCGCAGCCACAGGUGCCGUGGACUGGUUCGCGGGCCCCAAGCCCAACCCCAGAGCCAUACAGUUACUCUGAAUCCCAGCGCUCUUCCCCAAACAUGAGCACUGGACAUAUCGAUGAUGCAGUGAGCUCCGCAUUUCACAAUAGCGGCUCCACAGAUUACCUAUCCCCGGAAAUUCUAUCACAGAUUACAGCGACAGUGAUCCAGCAGCUUAAGACAACUGGGUUAGACAACCUACAUGGAUCGGGUGCGCCCCCGCCCCGUUCGCAAUCGCAACAGCCACCAUGGCAAACGGAUACCUCUUUGCAGCCGAACGCAGAGUCCUCUGGUAUACCCUCUCAGCGAAGCAGUUCAAUCCCCCCGCCCAGUUCAGCCGCCGACAAUAUCCAUACUGGGAAUUUCCAACCAUACAUCUCCCCCAGUCACACUGGUGAUAGUCGUCUCAGCCCCAAAGCUACUCCUGAUCCCCUUGCAAAAAGACGCGGUUCUGUAUCGAGUCAGAAUAGUGAUCUGAGUCAGCAUAGCCACAAGGCAGAGCGCCCAAAACCUCCAGAUCGGGACGCUACCGCUAUGGAGAUGACCACCCUGGAGCGGAUUUGGGGAAAACUAUUUGAGGAUGGUAAAGCGACCAAGAGGCUUGGCCAGUUUUUACGUGGGAUUGCAGUCCAUCUGAUUGAGGACUAUCCGCCGGGAAAUACUCUUGUUAUUCCCCCUCACAAGCUGCAAAAGUUCUAUCGUGAUACUCACGAUCCAAAUGACCCUUAUCCAUGGCAAGACAUUUUUGACGAUCGUACAUCUUCGAUUUCCAGACUUUUCCGCGAAAUCAAAGUCGAACAUCACCUCGUCCAAGAUGACAUAGAAAAGCGCCCAGACAUCCCAGGUCUAACACCCAAAGGCUUCGAGACGUGGGCCACCUUGAUGAUCCUCGCGAACCCAGGGCGCGAAUACGAGCGGCUCCAAAAAGCAGUCCUCCACAUGCCCAUUAACAACCCAGAUGACAGGAAAGAGCGCUUCCCAAAAGAACUCCCGCGCCGCCUCUUCCCAGAAAUUGGAGAUAUCGCAAUCAGAGAAGACAUCGAGGAGCGUAUGAUGGUCCACUGCGGCGUCGAUCUACCAUACAUCACCCCGGAAGAGCGCAAUCAAUCCGCCUCCCGACCGACCCGAUCAUCCACCACGACCGCAUCACCCACAGAGCGUACUCACUCAUACGAGCGAGGCCGACCCCGCGCCCCAGGCUCGACUCCAAGACCAGCCCAACAACCACAACCAAGACCCGUCUCGAGUGUCAUCACCGACGACGAAGAAGAUGAACCCACCCCCUCAGUGCCAAUCGAGCGCGAACGCAAGCCCUACAGCGCCAAUCCAGGCGUGGGCAAAGUUUACGAUGAAUCAGGCUCAGGCCGCAGCCAUGCGAGCUCCUUUUCCACGCCCCGGCCCACAGACUCUACCUACAAGGCACAGGCAUCGGGACCAAGUUCAACACACCGCAUGUCCGAGUCCUAUGACCGCGAUCCACAUUACUCACGCUCCGGAUCUGGUCAUUCUGCUGAUAAGCGGUUCUCACAUGAUUCCCGCAGCUCGUCGCAAAGCGUGAAGCACCGCAGUGGUGACUAUAGGCAUUCAGAGGGUGACUUGCAUGGUCGUGAUCAUUCGGCUAGAUAUGCGGGACUAUCGGCGCAUGAUUUGGCGUAUACCGAGUCGCCUGCUGCGAACCUGUCUGAGGAUGAUGGGCGCAGGUAUCACCGCGGUAGCCGGGGUAACGAUGAUGAGUAUUAUCGCGGAAGUGGGCAGAAGGGAGGGUCUGGGCCUUGGUAUGAUAAGUAUGACAAGUAUGCAUACCGUUGA